CCUUCGCUCGCCCGCCGCUGCCGCCGCCGCCUCCCCCCCUCCCUCAGCCACUGCUCCCAACACUACCGCCGUCCGAUUACAUCCGGGAAACUGGGACGCCACCGCCUUCGCUUAACGUCGGCUGUGGUCGGCUCUUUCCGACCAAACUCCUCCCCUUUGAUUUUUUUUUUUAAUAACAUCCUCCUUCCUCUUUCUUAGGCCUAGGCCCCGCCUACCUCCACUCCAGAUUCUGAGAGCCUCUCUUUCGAGAGGCAUCGGCCGUUUCCGUUCAAUGCCGGAAAUCCCUUGCCGUGAAAGGUAAAGCCUGCGCGCUCGCUCUUUCGGCUCCCGAUUCAGAGGCGGCGGCUUCGGAAAACAUCGGAGAUUUCCGUCAAGCCGACAGCCCUCGCUUUGAUGCUACGUCACUAUUCCCCGACGCUGGGUGUUUCCCCCCGGCCUCCGUAUCCGCUGUUGCUUCGGUUGUUUCCGUAGGUGAAACGAGGGACGCGGCUCCGAUCGGCACUUUUCGUGACUCUUCUAAAACCAACUCCCGAGAAUGCUCCCAGAGCCGCGGGCGAGAGGGGUGGAGCAAUCCCGGGCCACUGAUUGGCUGAGGAGGCUGCUUCUCUCGUUCGCUCCCUAACUCAAACGCGUUGCCUGCGGGGAGAGAAGUGGCACGUUGGCUUCUCUCGCGGGCAAAAGCGGAAGUUACCAGGGCCAAGGACGCUGGCAGCCGGGCUGAGGAUGGCAAAGCAGUGACGCCUUUGGAAAUUGGUGAAGAUACAUUCAGUAGAAGAAAGGACACUGUCUCCCCAGGAGGGUAGAGUCAGCAGGAUGACUCACCAGGGAGCUGUUCUCCAAGGCUACAAUAAUGAACUUGUGAAGUAUAUGGAAGACUUGUGCGUUCAGAGAGAAGAAGUAGACCAGCAAAUUGGACAACUGGUAGAAGACAAGACUAAGAUUCAGGAUGAAAUUGAGAUGUUAACCAAACAACUGGAAUACGUAUGUAAAAGCUUAGCUUGGAAAAAUGCCACACAAAAGAGACUUGAUAAAAUUCUUGCUGAAACAGGACUUGCAUAUGAAAAGAUCUUGGACAGUUCUAGGAUGUUGCUGAGUGUUUUGAAAACAGAAACAGAGAAUUUAGACAAAAUGAUAGCACUGAAAAAGCAAUGCAGUGAAUUACCAUGAGAUAUUUGGACUCUAACUAAACCAACAUUAGAGUUGGCAAAACAUUACAUAAGAAAUGCCAUCUUCUGUUUUUUAUUUGUUAGUUUACUAAAUGAUCUUUAUUCAUGUGAAUGGAAAGUACUUCUUAAAGAAAUAAGUAGAAAUAAAGCUUCUGAGAACUCACUAAGGACAAGCUACUGAAAAUUAAAGUCUUCAAGACCAAAGUUCUAGAAUCUAUUAUUUGUUGUACUAAUAAAACUAAAGAAAAAA